AUGGGUAAGAUAGGAGUGGGCAUCAGGAUCACUGACAUGGGUAAGAUAGAGAGUGGCCAGACGGAAUUCACUGACAUGGAGAUUCCCAAGACGCCACUGGAGUACGAGAACAAGCUCACGGUCAAGAUGUUUCUGUUCCAGUUCGUCAACUACUACUCUUCCUGUUUCUACGUGGCCUUCUUCAAGGGGAAGUUCGUGGGCCAUCCCGGAGACUACAUCUACAUGUUCGGCUGGAGCAAGCUGAGGAACGAGGAGUGUGACCCAGGUGGCUGUCUGAUUGAGCUGACCACCCAGCUGGUCAUAGUGAUGUCUGGAAAACAGGUGUGGGGUAACGUCCAGGAGGCUCUGGUCCCGUGGGUAAUGAACCGGUGGGGGAGCCGUAAAGCCCGCAGCCACCCAGAGAGCCGCUACAGCCGCUGGGAGCAGGACCACGACCUGCAGAACUUCGGACAUCUGGGACUCUUCUAUGAGUACCUGGAGAUGGGUGAGUUCUACAGCCAGGGACCAAUACAUAGAGGGGCUUUCUACCUGGAGAUGG